GAGCAACAGAGUGUGAAACGGUUGGGCACUUAAGGAAGGACACAGUUUAUUAAUGAGUAACAUAGAUGUGUUCAUUUCCAAUUUCCUGCUUUAGCUGACAUUUAUAAAAAGGGAAAGGGAGAAUAGGACCACAAGCAGGUGAACGAGGCACGGGAAGAGAGAGAGAGAGAGAGCAAGAUUCGAAGUAUUUCAUCCAUGAUUUUUCAACAUCAGCUUGCCUGAUAUCUGAAUAACAGAAGAGCAUCUUCGAUAGCUGACUGACAAACCCUCAAAAUGACGUGUUCCUUGAGAGAGCUGCUAAAAGAAUACUUUGCAGAACAGCGUGUUCGCAAAAACCGCCUGGUGACUAAAGAUGGACGCUGCAACAUUGAGUAUGGCAACAUAAUGCAUCGCAGCCGCUUUGCCUACAUUCUAGACAUAUGGACCACAUUUGUGGAGACUCGAUGGCGGUUUGUCAUCCUGUACUUUGUGGCUUCAUUCACUCUCAGCUGGUUCAUCUUCGGUCUUGUCUGGUACUGGAUUGCCAAAAACAAUGGCGACCUAACAUGGCAGAAUCCUCCACAGGAUCACAUACCAUGUGUAAUAAAUGUCCAAGGCCUGACUGCAGCCUUCCUCUACUCAUUAGAGACCCAGACCACCAUCGGCUAUGGUUAUCGAGCCAUCACCCCCCUUUGCCCUGGAGCUGUUGCCCUCAUUGUAAUUCAGUGUCUUAUUGGUGCCAUUAUCAACUGCUUCUGGUGUGGAGUGAUCAUGACAAAGAUCGCCCUACCCAAAAAGAGAGCCAAGACCAUAACGUUCAGUGAGUCCGCAGUUAUCUGCCCGAAGAAAGGGACCCUCUGCCUUCAGAUACGCGUGGCCAACCUACGAAAGACCCUGAUGAUCGGCAGCCAAAUUUACGGCAAGCUGCUGAGAACAACAGUAGCUCCUGAGGGUGAGACUGUCAUCAUGGACCAGGUCAGCAUUGACUUUAUGGUGGAUGCCGGCAAGGACAACCUGUUCUUUGUAUGCCCAUUGACCCUGUACCAUGUCAUUGAUAAAACAAGUCCAUUCUUUGACAUGGCAGUGGACACUCUGUAUCAGCAAGAGUUUGAGCUUGUGGUCUUCCUGGAUGGCGUAGCUGAGUCCACCAGCUCCUCUUGCCAGGUCAGGACUUCCUACAUACCUCAGGAGAUCAUGUGGGGUUACGACUUCCUCCCUAUAAUCUCCCGGAGCAAAGAGGGGAAAUACCGUGUGGACUUUUCCAACUUUGCCAAAAUGGUGGCCGUACCAACCGCUCAUUGUGCCUACUGCUACCACAAUGAGCCAGGGCAUCAUCACUACUCGAGAAAUGGCAUCGAUAACCAGGGCUUUGAGGUGAUUGACAUUGGGGAAGUGCCGAGCAGUACUAAAAUGUAGCACUGGUUUUCAGAAUCUAGCUGUUGGAAUGACAUGUAUCUGUAAUGACAUGUAAAGUCUGUAUUUCUACAGCUGUUUUAUGCUAUGAAUUACAUGGGAAUGGUGUAUUAUUUAGUAAAUUAAUAGAAAUUGUUAAAAUUGUAAAAUUGA